CUGGAUAAUAGGCCGACCAGUCGGCAUUACGACAUCUCUUCUUGUACAGUUCUAACGAAAUUUAAACUUCCGACGAGCAGAAACGUAAACAGAUGAAGUGUACUUUCGAGGUGCAAAUUAUUGAGCGAAAAAUGGAAAUUAAACAUAUGUUGUGCAAGUCUACCAGCCAGUCAGGAUGAAACACAUCACCCGCUCCUUCUUUGGCCUGUGUUUAUUCGGUGUAUUGGUGAUACUCAUUUCCCUUCAAAUCGAUCUACGACAAAAAUACAUCCAACCUUCGCUGGAGGCACUCUUUGUACACAAUACAGAAGGGUUCGUGAAAGAAUACACCGUAAAGCCAGAGAAAUAUUCUUGUCCAAGCAACGUUUCCAGUACGCGCGUAGAGGACAUUCUUUGCUUGGAGAAAAGGACGUUCCUCAAGAAUUUCAAAAACCCUUGCUGGUAUGAACCAUCCGGAAAAAGUCAAAGCAGUUCUUCCUCUGUUCAAAACAAAACUCUUCGGUGCCUGCCUUAUUUUCACAUUUUUGGCGUUUGCAAGACAGGGACAACAGACCUCUUCUUUAGAUUAAUUCAGCACCCCCAGAUCUUGCCCAAUGCGGGGGUUCUGGGGAAAGAAACAUGGUUUUGGUCCUGGAGGAGAUACGGAGAAUAUACCGACGGAUAUACUAAAGUGACUGUAAAACAGUUCACACGAGCGUUUGACGCUCAAAAAAUUGGGGAGACUAAAAUGUCUAUAGAAGAUGGGUCACAGUAUUCAGAUCUUAUAACAGGGCACGGCGAUCCCAUGGAUUUCUGGGAUCACAAACAUUGGCGAGACAUUCACCAGAACGAUCCCUAUGCUAACGUCCCAAAGGUCAUGACCCCACACCUCGUGAAGCACGUGCUUCCUAACAUCAAACUCAUUCUUCUCCUCCGAGAACCCGCGGAAAGACUCUACAGUCAUUAUUAUCAUGGAGGGUACGGGAGGACCCCAGAGGAAUUUCACCAUGACGUCAUCGCGGGGAUUCAACGCUUAAAUGAAUGCGUGGAAAGGAGCAGUUACAGGGGUUGUUUAUAUGGACAUAAUUUGACAACAACUUUACCGCUUCCAUUGUCAGCAAGUUUGUACUAUAUUCAUCUAAAAGAAUGGAUGUCUGUUUUCCCACGGGAUCAAAUAUUCAUCUUUAGAAAUGAAGAUUAUAGGAAAGAUAAGAAGUACAGCCUAUUCAAAUUAUUUGAGUUUCUCGAAGUCGGUGAUAUCAGCACUCGACUGGUGGAUACUAUUGUUAAUCUACCAAAGGCAUACGAGACAAAACUGAAAACCGUUCAGGGAUCUAUGUUAAAUGAAACAUGGGAGAUCUUAACCGAGUUUUUCGAAGAACCAAACAGAAAACUAGCGGAGAUGUUAAAUGAUGACCGGUAUUUAUGGAAAGAUACGGCUUUCAACUAUAGACCAAAAACAGCUUUAAGAAAAAACUUAUCAAAAACCAAUACAUUGAAAAGGUACUAUGAGAGGAAGAAGGCAUCCAAACUUAACCCGAAUUCUGAAAUAGACCAGCUAAUAAAAGUAUCCAAGAAUUUCGAGGAAUGGUUUGCAAUGGUUAAAAAGCGCCAGGAAGAAAAAGCCAGGUCAAAGGGAUCAAUUUUAAAGACAUCAAAAGUACCAUACCAACAAAAGAAACAAGAAACUAAAGAUAUUUCAAUGAAGAAAUAUAAACUUGAUGCAAAACUGAACCGUAGUGAAACUCAUAACUAUCUAAAAAAGAUGGUUAAAUUCAAAAGUAUGGAGCCUGUAAAAAUAGUGAGAAGAGAUAAUGGUUCCCAUCAAAGUAGAUCUAAUGUAAACAUAAACCACAGGGCCAUUGGUAAAAGGGGGAAAAGGAGGAAAACACGGAAUAUAUGAUAAUGUUCUACAUAGUGGUCUCUAUUGUUAUAAAACAUGGCAUUUCUCCUUCUCAGGAUUACCAUAUGUUUUUCAUCCGACAUGUCAAUUUAAUUAUGAAAUUGUUAUACUUUACCUUUUGACGAUGUAUACAAUCGUUGUUACAGGCGGACAUCUUUUGUUUGCUGUUUGUAAAUAGUGUUGUACACUGGGCUAAUGCUCAUGAUGUUAUUGCGGUAUUCUAAAUGUACAAUUGUUUUAUUGUCGUAAACACCAUGUACAAUACAUGAUGCUUACCAUGUGUUCAUAUCUGAUAUAAAGGUUAAAGGGUUGUAAAUAAAAUAUUUCAUUUAUUUUUCGUCAUUUUUUUUAAAUUAAAUAAUUGUAUCUCCAUAGUAUUAUAAAUAUUAUAAGACACCCAUAUAUUAAUGUUGAUGUAAGUACGACUUCGUCUUAAUGAAACAAUACUUAUUUAAAAUACUUAUUUUUGUUUUAUUUUCUGAAGGACCAAUAUUUCUUGAUUACUAGGUCACUAGUAUUCAAUAGUAUUUAGUAAAAUUGUCUAAGAUAUAAUAUGUACACUUGUAGUGUGCAAUUAUUUUGAGGGAAAUAAUGUUUUUUAAAGAGUUUAAGUUGAUAAAAAUAAUAGUUUUUUUGUUGUUGUUUGUUAGUUUGACAUUCGUUUGUUUCUUUGCUUCUUAGUUUUUUUUUUAAAUUUCUUUUGGUGGGUUUUUCUCCUUAUUUUUGUACCUUUUGAGAUUAUACAUCAGAGACAUUUAUUUUUCGUUCUAUGGCUCAUUUCUGUCUUCAUCUGCAGAUGCUUUACAAUUGAACUGUAGCAGAUCAACUAUUUAUAAUAAAGAUUCAUGAAACAUGCA